GCUUCUGCUCACAGGUUUAUUUUUAGGGUACUUAAAAAAGUUCCUAGCGAAGAGGAUGAAGGAAAAAGAUGUGGACACUGCAUAAACGUUGUUAACAAUAAUAUUAUAUGUAAUACAUAUAGCUCCAUUGCAUACAGCACUGAUCAUAACCGAGAGGAAUCUCAACUCUAAGAAAUUAUGACCCUAGUAUGAAGAAAAGAUAACAAAAAAAUGGAUUGCAUGUCCGUUUAUCAGGGAUUAUAAUAUAAUGGAAAGGUCAACGUUCAACUGGGUCAGCUUUUUUCUGGGGGAUAAAGUCCACCAGGUGAUAUUUUUUGUCUGUGGCCAAGCUGUGCUGUCAUUUAUUUGAGGAGUUGAUGUGGUGAUAACCAAGCUUUUUCCAGUCUUCUGUGCCACGUUGGAUUUGUCAGCAUUCAGAUUAAUUAGUCACUUGAGUGAUGCCUACACAAAGUUAAUGCUAAGAGGCUGUGAAGGAAUCUCACUGUAGGAGUGUGGACAGCCACCUACCCUCUACCACUUCUGCUGUCGAAAUCCUCCGCCUGGUAUCCUCACAAUGCAUACUAUAUUCAAGCUGGCCCUGGUGCCACCCCUCAUGUGCAUCGGCAUGAUGAUGCUACCCUUCCUCAUCUUCUUCUCGCCCACGAUUCUCACCACUGCGGCCAUCGUCUUCUUCCGUCCAGACCUGGUCUUCAGGCUCUACACCCGCUUCAAGAUGUGGCACAUUGGUUUCCGUUCCAAAUCAGUCACCGUCAGCAAGUACACCUUUUCCUUUGCAGAGCGAGGUCAGCCAGACCCUUCCCGCCCUUCAAUGCUGUUCCUGCAUGGGUUCUCAGCUGCCCAGGACAUGUGGUGGCCAUUUGUGAAGCAUUUGCCCAAGGAAUGGCACAUUGUGGCCGUGGAUAUGCCUGGACAUGGCAAGACAACUCGUAAGAUGAGCGACAGUUUCUCCCUGCCUGCCCAAGCUGCAAGGAUACGGCAGUUCACCCAAGCUGUCGGUCUGCGUAAGAGGCCCUUCCAUCUGGUGGGAAUUUCCAUGGGCGGCGGCGUAGCUGGGAUUUACGCUGCUAAGUACUCGGAGGAUCUGGCCAAGCUCACCAUGUUCUGCCCCGCAGGAAUCCAGUCCAAAAUACCCAGUGAGUUUGAGUUGGCUGUGAAUGAUGGCAGACUUGCUAAUGGCUUGCUGCCAGAAAAGGAUGAAGAUUACAGCAAGAUGUUGCCGUUCUUGAUGUAUGAGGUCCCAAAAGUUCCAAGUCUGUAUUGGAAAGGGAUGAGACUUCUCAGGAAAAACAACAAUGCAUUCUACAGGAAAGUGAUGAACGAUAUGAUGGCCCCAACCUCCAAGGAUUCCCUGCGGGCCAACAUGGCAUCCAUCAGUGUACCUACCCUGGUGAUCUGGGGCGAACACGACAAGUUGCUCCAUCCUUCUGGGGCCUCCGUUCUCAAGGAGGGCAUUCCCGAGUGUCAGGUGCACGUGCUUGAACGUUGUGGCCACUCGCUGCAUAUGGAGCGACCAUACAAGACAUCUAAAUUCUUGCGCACAUUUGCCGAGGAAGAAUAAGGAUAGUACAUGUCGUUUGUUACAAAAAGAAAAUAUGUGAAUCAAAUGUUUUUGAAUUGGAGUAAGAUGGAUUGAGACGCCUUGGUUAACCAAUGCUACAUUGCUCGUGCCCUAUGCACCUACACCUGUGCACCUACACAGUAGGUGCACCUACACAAUAGGAACCAUUAGAAAUCUCUAGAUUUGAGCCUGUACUUAAUGUACAGGCCUGGAAAAGAAUCUCAAGGUGAAACUUGCUGUAUAACCACUUCGCGCCGGUGGCAUUUAUCAAUGUUGAUGAUGCUGGGACGGGAUAAUUAUCAUUUUUUUCUGUUU